UUCUAAAUAUUGGUGCCUUUUGAAUAUAAAUAAAAAAAGAGUGAAUAAAAAAUUCAUAUUUAAAAAUAUUUAAGUCAAAAAAAGAAGAAGAAAUUAAAAUAAUAGUAAAAAAUGAAAAAAUCAAAAAUUAAUAUAAUUUUGCAACUAGUUAGUUUUUUAAUAUUAAUUAGUAAAGUUUCCCCAACAAAAAGAACUAAAUAUGAAAAUUCAACGACAUUAUUUCGGGAAAAUGAAUAUGAACAAGAAUCGUUAAUUUUAAAUCGUUUAAAACGUGAUUCGAAUUCGAUCAGUUUGGCUAAUUGGCAUGAUAAUCGUAAACCGGCAUUUAAAGAUUGUAAAGAUAUUGGUCCAUCGGUUAAAGAAGAACAACCGGCCGGUGCAUUUGUUAUUAAAGUUGAAGCCGAAGAUCCGGAUGUUAAUAAUACAAUACGGUAUAGUUUUGUAUCGGCUGCUGCACAACGUCCAAAAUUUCGUAUUGAUCCGAAAACCGGUGUUAUAACAACGUCACAUAUAUUCGAUCGCGAUGAACCAAUACACGAAAAAGAAGUUUAUAUUACUGUACAAGCAACAGAUAAUGGUCGUCCACCAUUAGAUGAUGUAUGCACAUUUAAAGUUACCAUUGAGGAUAUAAAUGAUAAUCCACCAGUAUUUAAUAAAGCAAAAUAUGAGGAAUUAAUGUCCGAAGAUACAUUGGUUAACAGAGUUGUAAUGCGUAUUUCAGCUACUGAUCUUGAUGAUGGAAAUAAUAGUGUAGUUGAAUAUGAAAUAUUACCUGGUCGUGAUUAUCAAUAUUUUCGUAUUGAUAAAGCACAUGGUAUCAUAUAUUUAAAUCGCCCUAUAGAUAAAAGACCUGGUCAAUCAUAUUAUAUCAAUGUUCGAGCAUAUAAUAUUGUACCAGACCCACAACAAGAUGCUGAUACUGAAGUCAAAAUUACAGUUAUCGAAUCAUCUAAGAAACCACCAAGAUUUAUUGAUGCACCAGAACAACCAAUUUAUUUAAAAGAAAAUUUUACUGAUUAUGGUUAUAAUAUAACAACAUUAAGAGCAAUAUCAAAUGUACCUGAUCAACCUGAAGUAAUAUUUGAAUUAAUAACAGGUCGAACCGAACAAACAAAUAGCAAAAAAACGUUUGUAUUAAAUCAACAUGGUGAUACUGUAACAAUUAAUUUAGGUAAAUCAUUAGAUUAUGAAGCUAUAACAGAAUAUACAUUAACAGUUAGUGUCAGGAAUAUUUGGGAUUUAGUUGCAGAACAUUUAAUUAAAAUUAAAAUAGAAGAUGUCAAUGAUAAUAUACCAUUCUUUACUGAAGUUAAAAUUGGUACGAUAUCUGAAAAUGAACCAGCUGGUACAGCUGUAAUGCAAGUUCGUGCAUUUGAUAUGGAUGGAACUUCAGCAAAUAAUAUUGUAUCAUUUGAAUUAGCUGAUAAUAAAGAUUAUUUUACAAUUGAUUCACAUACUGGUAAUAUUACAGCGUUAACAACAUUUGAUAGAGAAGAACGAGAUUUUUAUAAUGUUAAGGUAAUUGCAAGUGAUAAUUCUGCAUCUUCAUUAUUUAAUAAUGGUGAACCAAAUCGUGGUCAACAAGUAUUUCGCAUUGAAAUAGCUGAUAAAAACGAUCACAAACCACACUUUCAACGUGAUGAAUAUAUUGCAGACAAAUUACCAGAAGAUGCAAAUAUCAAUCAUGAAGUAAUUGAAGUAAGUGCUGUGGAUUUAGAUAAUGCUGCACAAAUAUUUUAUACUAUUGAAUCGGGUAAUAUCGAUGAUGCAUUCAAAAUAGAAAAGUUAACUGGAAAAAUUUCUGUUAAUCGUCAACUGGAUUAUGAAAAAAUUACUGAAUAUACUUUAAAAAUUCGUGCUUUUGAUGGAAUAUAUGACGAUUAUGCUACCGUUACAAUUAAACUUGAAAACGUUAAUGAUAACCCACCUGUAUUUUUACAAAAAUAUAAUAUAACUUUACAAGAAGAAACUGUACUAGGUGAUUGUAUUUUAAUAAUUCAAGCUUAUGAUCCAGAUAUUAAAGAUCGUAAUGCUGAUCAAGGCAUAAAAUAUUCAAUUGUUAAACCGGAUCAAAGAAAAUUUUUAUCAAUUGACGAUUCAGGUUGUUUAAAAUUAAUACAACCAUUAGAUCGUGAUUUACCAAAUGGUUUUAAAUAUUGGCAAAUUUGGUUAAGAGCAACUGAUGAUAAUGGUAGCAUUAAUGGUAAACAAUCUGUUGAGGAUAUUACGAUUACUUUAAUCGAUAUUAAUGACAAUGCACCACAUUUGUCAUUAAGAAUGCCAGUAAUAUGGCAAGAAAAUCGUCGACCAGGUCAAAUAAUACAGUUGCAAGCAAUUGAUUAUGAUGAACAACAGAAUGGACCGCCAUUUACUUACGGCAUUGAUACAGAUGCUGAUCAAGAUAUCAAAGAUAAAUUUUCUAUUGAUAGUGAUUAUUUGUAUGCAAAUGUAAUAUUUGAUCGUGAGCAACAAAAAGAAUAUUUCAUUCCGAUAAGAAUUUUCGAUUCGGGUCAGCCGCGUCAAAGUGAUGUUAGUAUUUUACAUUUAAUAAUUGGUGAUGUAAAUGAUAAUGCUAUGGAAUCUGGUUCAAGUCGCAUAUUUGUUUACAAUUUUAACGGUGAUGCUCCUGACACAGAAAUUGGACGUGUAUUUGUUGAUGACAAAGAUGAUUGGGAUUUAGGUGAUAAAAUGUUCACUUGGAAAUAUGGUAUGCCGCAUGAACGGUUUCAACUUAAUGAAAAUACUGGCAUGAUUACAAUGACAGAAAAAACUCCAGCUGGAGAAUAUACUUUAACAUUUGCUGUUACUGAAGAAUCAGAUAUAAUUGAAAGACAUCAAGUUGAUGCAGAUGUAACGGUAAUUGUAAAGAUAAUACCUGAAGAAGCUGUCGAUAAAAGUGGUUCAGUGCGUUUAUAUAAUAUAACAGCCGAAGAUUUCAUUAAAGUUCCACGUAAUGAUCCAACAGCCUUAAGUUUAAAAGAUCGUUUCCAAAAUAGUCUUGCUAGGAUGUUUAAUAUAUCGACUAAUAAUGUAGAUGUAUUUACAGUUUUAGCUUAUAAUGCAUCAACAUUAGAUGUAAGAUUCUCAGCUCACGGAAGUCCAUAUUAUGAAAUGGAAAAAUUAAAUGGUAUGGUUGCACAAGCACGGCAAGAUUUCGAAGAAGAUUUAGGUGUACAAAUUCUAAUGGUUAAUAUUGAUGAAUGUUUAAUUGAGAAACAAACAUGUGAAAGUUCGUGUAAAACUAUAUUACAUAAGUCAUCUGUACCAUUAUUGGUUUAUUCAAAUACAACAUCAUUUGUGGGAGUGAAUGCUUACACCAAAGCUGAAUGUGUUUGUGAAUCUGAUGUGAAACAUUAUUGUUUAAAUGGUGGGAUACAUCAUGAUGAAGGCUGUCAAUGUCCAGAAGGUUUUAAUGGUCCAAAUUGUGAACUAACUGCUAUCGGAUUCUAUGGUAUCGGUUAUGCGAUGUACCCUCCAAUAUCACCAUGUGAUAAUACAAAAAUUUAUAUGGAAUUAGAACCACAAACCGAUACUGGUUUGGUUAUGUAUUUUGGUCCAAUGAAUUAUAAUCCUUUAUUACCAAUAUCAGACUUUUUAGCUUUAGAAUUGAUUAAUGGUUAUCCAGUUCUUACAGUUGAUUAUGGUACAGGGGCGGUAAAAAUUGAACAUAAACAUAUAAAAUUAAGUUCUGGUCAAAAUUAUGAAAUUGAAAUUUUAUUACAAAGAGCUAGUGUAGAAAUGACUGUUGCCAAUUGUAAAUUAUCAACUUGUAUGAGCUUGGGAGCACCACAGGGACCAAAUGAAUUUUUAAAUGUAAAUGCACCCCUUCAGUUGGGUGGUACACCUGUUGAUUUAAAACGUUUAGGAAGACAAUUAAAUUGGACUCAUAUACCUGAAACGAUUGGCUAUCAUGGAUGUAUUAAAAAUUUAACGGUUGAUGGUGUAACAUAUAAUAUUGGUUCACCGGCUUUAUAUUAUAAAGUUGAUCCUGGUUGCCAAAAUGCUAUUGCGGUAGCUGUAUCAUUUGGAAUUGAUCGUAACUUUUUAAUUGCAAUAUUAGUUUGUAUUGCUGUUCUAUUAAUAUUAUUAUUAGCUGUUGUAGUACAAAAACGUCAGCAAAAUGGUUGGCAUGAAAAAGAUAUGGAUGAUAUUAGAGAAACAAUUAUUAAUUAUGAAGAUGAAGGUGGCGGUGAACGUGACACCGAAUAUGAUUUAAAUGUUUUAAGAUCUCAACCAUAUUAUGAAGACAAACCAUAUAAAGAAAGUAUGCAUCCAGCACAUCAUAUGAAAGAUCCAAAUGAGGUGCCAGAUAUCGGUGGUUUCUUAGUUGAUAAAAAAGAUAGUUGUGAUCGUGACUCAGGUGCAUAUCCUAUAGAUGAUGUUAGACAUUAUGCAUAUGAAGGUGAUGGUAAUAGUGAUGGUAGUUUAUCUAGUUUAGCAUCAUGUACAGAUGAAGGUGAUUUGAAUUUUGAUUAUUUAUCAAAUUUUGGACCACGUUUUAGAAAAUUAGCUGAUAUGUAUGGUGAAGAACCAUCAGAUACAGAUUCAAAUGUAGAUGAUGAUCAGGGAUGGAGAAUAUGAACUAAUUUAAAUUAAAUUUAGAAUAAAAUAAUUUAAAAAAAGAAGAAAAGAAAAUAAUUACGAAAAAAUAUUAUGGUUUUAAUUGAAAAUUCACAGUGUGUAAUGAGAACUAAAAACAUCUGUUUAGAUAAAGGAGAAAACGAUCGAAAUUAUUUUUUUCAUAAAACCAGAAGAGAUUUAUAAAUAAUUAGCGUUCACAUGUGAUUGCAUAAUUUUUAUUUUUCCAAUGUCGAAAGCAUUUAAAGCAGGAUCAAUUUAUUUGCAUUUUUUUCUAUUUGGAAUGUGAAAUUUUAAUAACAUUAAGAAUAACCAAAGACUUAUUAUUAAUCAAUUUGAUCAAUUUCCUGGAAAAAAAUUGCAAAUAUAUUCAACAAUGGUCAUAUGCUUACACUAAAUAUAAAAAA